UCCCUGCUUAUGAGCGCGGGGCGCGGCGCCCAGAGCUCACUGCGCCCGCCGCCGGCCGGCAGCCCGGAGCGGGUAGCGGGGCGCGGGCACCAUGCAGCGGGCGGGCGGCGGGGCGCCGGGGGGCGGCGGGGGUGCGGGCCCGGGCACCGCCUUCUCCAUCGACGCGCUGAUCGGGCCGCCGCCGCCGCGGGCCGGGCCGCUGCUCUACGCCGCGGGGUAUCCUAUGUUCAUGCCCUACCGGCCGCUGGUGCUGCCCCAGGCGCUGGCCCCCACCCCGCUGCCCGCCGGACUCCCGCCGCUGGCUCCCCUGGCCUCCUUCGCCGGCCGCCUCUCCAACUCCUUCUGCGCCGGCCUGGGCCAGGCCGUGCCCUCCAUGCUGGCGCUGACCACCGCACUGCCCAGCUUUGCUGAGCCGCCCGACGCCUUCUACGGGCCGCCUGAGCUCGCCGCUGCCCGAAGCCACCCAGAGCCCGGCGCCCGGCGUCCCGAGGCUGAGCUGGACACCGCCGAGCUGCUGCCCGCCCGAGAGAAGGCGACAGAGCCCGCGCAGCCCCCGCCACCGGCCCCGCAGCACUUUGCAGACACUUUGCCAAGUCUGCCCGGUGAGUAG